AUGAAUGACAUUCCAAAGCCUCCUCUAUUGCAGGUGAGCGUACCGUCCGAUGCCCCGGUGUACUCAGAUGGGGCCAACGCCGCUGUGUCCGAUGGCUGCAUUCAUUCCAGUAACUCCACGCCAACGCUGCGGCGCAAACGUUUCAAAAUGCGGCGGAUGAGAAACGUGCCCAGCGAACGGGACGCGGAAAGGGCGCGCUUGGCCAAAAAUCACCUGUCGGCCCGGUCCCAUUCGGGGUCAAAGGAGUAUCUGCAGUUGCCUUCCAUCGAGAUCACCCCGUCCAGCGAUGAGGACGCACCUUCGUCCUGGUCCAGCUGCUCCACACCCAGCGCUUCGCCGAGACGCAAGAGGUUCCUGUUGAGGAAGUGGCUAAAGGUCAGAGAGAGGAAGGAGCAAGCAAGUGAAAGCAGUAGUCAGCCAAGCAGCCAGCAGAGCAGCCUACAGAGCAGCCAUGAGGAAGAGAGCAGCCGCUUCCUCACUCCACUGAUCAGGACAGAAAGGUCGGACAGUGCUGUAGAGAAAUUGAGGUAG